UUGUUAGGCGAGAGUCCAGCGCUAGUUCGUCCGAAGUUACACCGAAACUUUCGCAACAAUGCUGCGCUAAAGAUGAGUCGACAGCAGGACGAGCAGGGCGUCGUGUUAACCGCUUACACCAGCAACAGCGGAGCCUUAUCGGCUGUCGGCUGCAAAGAGCCGGCGGAGUCUCCAGCAGCGAGCCGCAGAACCGGCCAGUACAAUGUCCAGCGGGGCAAAGCGGCCGGUGCGGCCGGUGCGGCCGGUGCGGCUCUGGGCUCGAGCUCAGGGAAAGCACUGUACCAGCGCUGCAGCUCCCAGGACUCUCUGGACGAGCAGGCCAUGGUGGACUACUUCAAAGAGGUGGAGAUCAUCCAGCGCAGCGGAGACGCAGAGACGCAGGAGGACCUGCAGCUGAAGGUGGCUGAUGAGGGCGAGCAGGAGGAGGCGUGGCUGAUGGAGGCGGGGCUUGCGACGCUGUUCGACGAAUCGGCUUCAGACGGUGAGGAUGGCAUCGUUCUGCUGUCGACUCUGACCCGAACGCAAGCGGCCGCCGUGGAGAGACGCGUGGAGAUGCUCAAACAGACGCUACGCAAACGCAGCAAACCGUACAGUGUCCCAGAUGUUCGAGAGAUCUUUAAACCAUCUCCUGCUUCACAGAGUAAAGAUGAGGCUGGAUCCACAGAAAGAAGUGGGAGCAAUAAACAGGAAGUGGAAGGACUGGGUAAUGGGGCGGGGCCUGGCGCUCCAGGGGGCGGAGCUGAUGCUGAGACGGACAUUAACCUGGAGGUGUCGUUCUCCGAGCAAGCACUUAUCUACAAAGAAGGGUUGAAGGUUACCCAGCCCCAGAAUGAAGCUGACGACAGGUUACCCGAUUUUAAAGUGUCCCAGGAUAAGACCGGACAGACAAGAGUAGGCGAUCUGUCCGCUGAGGACAUGAAGAAGGUUCGCAGGCUUGUUCUGAUCGAGAUGAGCGCUCUGUUCGACACGUGUGGCAUCGAGGUGAAAGCUCAUAAAGCUCUCAAGGUCAAAGUGAGAGAGUCGGGUUUGUUUGGUGUUUCUCUCUCUACGCUGCUGGAACAAGACCAGCGGAGGAUCCCGGGAACCAAAGUGCCUCUUAUCCUGCAGCAUUUGAUCUCUCACAUAGAGGAGCAGGGUUUAGACACAGAGGGUGUGCUGCGGAUCCCUGGAGCCGCUACUAGAGUGAAGGCCGUCUGUCAUGAGCUGGAACACAAGUUUUACGAAGGCGUGUUCCCGUGGGAGAGUCUCAAACAGCACGAUGCAGCCAGUCUCCUGAAGCUGUUCAUCAGGGAGCUGCCCUAUCCUCUGCUGACCGUCGAGUACUUCAACGCCUUCGUCUCUGUGCUGAAGCUGCCCACUAAGAAACAGCAGCUGCAGGCUCUCAAUCUGCUGGUGCUCCUGCUGCCCGAACCCAACAGAGACACUCUCAAGGUACGACACACCUUCACUGCGCAUUCACACUUCACACAUUCACUUCACUUUUCCUCAACUCUAAAUAUUCCCAAGUUCAUCCUGAAUCAGGUGCGCAAACAAAACAUGGAGAACCAGCGGAAGAUGAACAGAGACAGAGCGGUUAAAAAACUACUGAAGAAGAUGGCGUACGACCGCGAGAGAGCCUCUAACAAACAAGAGAGCAACGCUGAGGUGAGAGGAGCUACACAAACACAGAGCA